AUUAAAAUAAUCUCAUAUAAUAUUAUAAAUAAACCGGCUGGUACGCAAGCUUCGACUAAGGCACAAGAAAAGGCAACAAACUGCAAGAAUAAAGCUUUUGGAGCUGCAGAUCGGCAAAGUACAAGAACCAAAAGAAAUACCGUUAAUUAUCAUAGCAGAGAAGCAUGCAGAGCAGCAGCAUGGCACAGAAGACAGAGAUGCAGGCCAAAGAUCACCACACGCAGCACGAUCUGAUCGGCGAUGAUGAAGUCAGCGAACUGCAGCGUCCGCCCAGCUUCUAUCAGAAGGUGCGUGAGCAGGCGGAACGCUUUGCCAGCACCCGACUGGGCCAGUUUGUCAUCGAGAGGGCCGAUCGUGCCUUGAAGCUGAUCGAGGAUACGACCAAGUGGAGUCUGCCGCAGGACAAGAACUCGAGCGCCGUCGUGCUGGAGCGUCCCCUGCCCUGGGCAUCUUUUCUGCUGCUGAUCGUACUGCUGCGCCUGGCGCGCAUUUGGGUCUCGCUGGGCGCUCUGAUGAUAGGCAACGGGCCAGUCUCCCCGACGGACAUGAUAUACUUUAUACAGACGCGCCGACGAAAGCUGCGCGCCAUACGUGUGCACGGCCUGAGGGUAAUGCGUCAUCGCCAGCAGGAAUCCUCCAGCUGGACGGACUGCUCCUAUACGCAGAAGUUGAGCCAGUGGCUCUCCCGUGCCAUCUGUCGACCGGGUGUGCAGCGUGCCAAUAGCGGGCGAGUGCUGAACUUGCGUGAAGUGGACACGCCACAACAGGGAAACCAGCUAAAUCACAGCGUGGCCAAGCGUCCGCGCGACGAGGACUCGAAUCCCGAUCACAAUCUAACCAUUGAUGAGAUGCUGGCCAAGUACGCCAACGAGAACUCCGAGGAUGACUCUGACUUUGUGCCCAAUCCCGAGGAUGAGACGUCGGCCACCAGCAGCAGCAGCAGCAGCGAAAGCGACAGUGCAUCCCACAGCAGCGAGCAGAUCAGCAGCAACGAGGAGCAGGCCAAUGCAGAGCAGCACAAGGAGAACAUAAAGCCCAACAAGACAAGCCAGAAUCAUGUGGAGAAGCCGAAGGAUCAUCAGGCAAAGGCGGCCACAGUCAAUGGCAGCACUGACAAGGAGCAGAUGGAUGUUGCUGCAAUAGCCGCGAAGCAGGAACAGUGGAAAUCCUCACCGGGUCAUUUGAGCGCUGCCAUGAUGAACACACAUCUGUACAACAAUACGGCGGCCGCAGCCAACAUUGAACCCGCUAGCACUCCCACUCCAAGCAACUCCCAAACCGACAAUAAACAUGAUCCCGAACAUGAAGAUCCUGCACCCGAUUCUGUUAACGCCUCCGACUCCGAUACGGACAGCAGCAGCACGAGCACUGUCUGCCACCAGCAGCAGCCACAGCCAGAACACACUGAUACCUCAACCCUGAUAGCUGAUACAUCCAAUCCUAACCCCGAACAACCCAACGUUGAGAUCCUAACGCCUGCUAGCCCAGAUCAUCCUACUGUCGAGACCCUCACGCCUGCUACCUCCUCUGAAGAUAUUUUCUAUAGUCCCAUUGGCUCGCCCAACAAUUACAAUAGCUGCUUCGCCAACCAGCCACUGCUGCGAAAUGCCAUUAUAAGUGCGGCUCCUACUCAUUCCACGCCCAACUCUGAACUAGAAGAAAUUCAUUCGGCUGGCUCUGAGCUGGAGGAGGCCACCAGGCAGUGCAUCUCCCUAGCCCACUCCGUCGAGCAGCAGGACACGCCCCCAAUAGCCAAGCCCUUCAAGCAGCAGCAGCAGCAGCAACAACAACAACAACAGCGGCAAUUUAAUCAUCCGCAUCAGCGUUUCCGCGGACGCAACCGACGCUAACCCUAUACCCUAAUCCUUCCUAUAAACAUUCAUUACAUUCCCAUAUUGUUAGCUAUACUUCAAGUAAAUCUCUGAACUUA